CCUUGCAGUGGUGCUGGGCUCAUUGGCUGUGUUCAGAUUCUAUCUGGAAUGGGAGGAGUUGUGUGGCAGGUGGGCCUCCAGCUGUGCAUUGCUGCUGCACUACUCUUUGGUGGAGGAACAGGGAGAGAGCUCUCUGGCAACCUGAGCUGCCUGAAUAACUACGUGACUACCAUGAGCUGCAUGUGGGUAACAGAGAAGCCCAUGGGGGAUGGACCUUUCCACCUGCAUUUCACCAACCUCUGGUCAAAGGGCCACAAUGCCAGCUGCAAACUGACUGCCACAGAGAGCAUGCAGAAUCAGUACCACUGCACAAUUCAUUUAGCCAGCCAGAUCUUGGAAACAGAUGGUUAUAGAGUCUCUCUCCAAGGAAGCUUCUUCGGAUGUAAUCAGACAUAUGUGACCUUUCCAGAGUACAAUCCCCGCAAGCACAUAAAACUUGAUCCACCUUUGAACAUCCAGAGCAAUGCCACUGCCAGCAAGUGCCAGAUAUGGUGGAGUGUGUGGAAUGUGCCUUGGUACCUCGCUGAAAUUCUCCAAUAUGAGUUGCAGUAUAAGGAGUACAGCAUGUCCUGGGAGGUUGCAUUGAACAAGACACUGCCCAGUUCACUGCCACAAGUAGAACUUGAAGCCACAGAGCUCCACACUGGCAUUGCUUACGCUGCAAGAGUUCGCUGCAAAGUUUCUGAAAAUGAGAAUUCGUACCACAGUCAAUGGAGUGAGUGGAGCCAGACGACAGUGUUUCAAAGAGCAGAUGUCCCAAAAGUCUCUGAAAAUAUUCUAAAUAUCAAAACUGUGCAGUACUUAUUCAUUCCUCUGAGUUUUGGCACUCUAGUCUAUUUAUUCUGGAACUGCAAGCUUUCCUCAAGGGCAAAAAGCCUCGCCUGCUUAAACAUUCCCACACCAGCUGCUUUCUUUCAGCCACUCUAUAGUUUGCAUAAUGGGAAUUUUAAGGACUGGGUUGGACCAAAUGAGGCUUGUAGCCAACUUGAAAGAGAAGAGGCCAGCAACUCAAGCAAAGUGAAUGCAGAUGGAGUUUCUGAUCUGAACACCCAAGAACUGAUUUCCCAAAUCUCAUUGAAACCUACAGGAAGCACAGAUGUGGUUACUGCAGAAGAAAGCUUUGCAUUGGCCUCAGGUCCAAGCCAGCAGUAUGUCCCCAGCAGGUACAUAAGAGCAGAAGAGAUAGAGAUGUGGCCGGGACUAUUGUUUGCACCAAACCAUGCUGAUGAUAACGUUGGCCCGAAAAUCUCUGAAAUAAUUAAAGACAACCUUGAGAGCCCUAGUGUUGGAAGGAAUUAUCCCUCUCACUCACAGCAUGGAAAGGGUGACUUUCUUAUGCUUCGAGAAUCUUUGGGGAUAAAAGAUGUGUCCUUCAGUGGCAGUGACUAUUGUACUUUGUGUGACAAUGAUACCACAGGAGAUUUGAUUUCUGCUGAAUUACUGAAGCUUUCUAAUGGUAAUAGUCAUGUUAAACAUCAGAAAGAUCAGUGACCUUCCCUGAGGAAUACUGCCUACAAAGUUCCUUGUGCUCUCCUAUCACCUCCCAACACUGUCCUCCCAAGUGGCACAAAUGGUGACUAUGCAGACAGUUUCAUGUAUCAUUUUAAAACACAUCCUCAACUUCUGUACUUCAGAAGAAGAUUGUGACUAAGUCCCCUGUCUAGCAAAUAGUACCCCUACAGCCAUUCCCUAAAUUAACCUCCUGGCUGCAAGAUCCAGUAACCCUCUUGUCUAAGGAGGCAGCAGCAGACCUGCUGUUUUCCUCAGGAAGAACUAUUAUAGUUGUGUACCUCUUGGAAGCAGCAGUAUUUUCAAUGAGAUGAACCAUGAUUUAAACUCCAUCAUUUUGAAAAAAUAUGAUGAUUUUUCACAAAAUCAUGAGAAAUUAUUUUUGCUUAAGAAAAUAAUUCUGCUUCUUAACAUGAUGUUGAUGAA